AUGGCACUGGAUCACAUAAAAAACUCCAAAACAAACCAAAUUCUUAUUGUCACAGACUCCUUAUCCAGUCUCACGGCGUUAAAUUCGGAUAGAAAUAGAAACUCCCUAGUAAUAAUGAUUAAAAACAAAAUUCACAACAUAAUGAUGAAUAAUAAUUCAAUAAAAUUAGUUUGGAAUUCAAGCCACAUUAAAGUUUUGGGUGACGAAAGAGCAGACCAGGCUGCCAGCCUGACACACUCUCUUCCAGUAUCAAACAUUCCAAUACCAAUGUCCGAUAUAAAACCCAGCAUACAUCAAUAUAUUGUAAUAAAUAAUAAUAAUAAUAAUAAUAAUAAUAAUAAUAAUAAUAAUAAUAAUAAUAAUAUAAACAUUUAUGAAGCGCCCAUUCGCACAGCUACUCCAGAGGCGUCCGUAGCCCGUGUUAAAAAGAUGAGUCUUUAA